UGAUUCCAUCUUGUGCUUCUUCCAGCCCAGCGUUUCUCAUGAUGCACUCUGCAUAAGCGGCCGGGUAAUCAAACGUGACCUGGGGGGGAUGACGGUGGAUGAGAAUCAGGUGUGGAGGGUGGGCGGACUCCAGCUAAUCCAGUAUUAGCUGUAUUCUCGGUAAAAACGGACAAUGUGGAGAUGCACGCGGAAGUCCAAAAGGCAGGGCGUUGCUGAGGAGAGUUCAGAUCCCUCUCUGAAUUUGGUCAAGGAGAGACUUGGUCAGGACCCGGGUCAGCGGAGGCCGGAGUGCCCCACUACACCUUUAUCCGGCGAGUCCUGCUCCAACGCCGAGGGCGCAGACCACGCGGCCCGCCGGCAGGGGGCGCGCCAGGUCCGCCACGCCGGCGGGCGCCCGGGAUCCGGAAGUGCGGGAACGUAGGGGAGCGGGGGCCGGGCCGCGGGGCUCCCUGCUCCCGACCACCGUUCGGAUCCGCCUCCCGGGCCCUCCCCGGAAGCCAGGGAGGCGCGCGGGCCCCGAGGUAGGAAGCCCGGCCGGAGGAGUACCGGGAACGCGGGCGGUAAUUAAAGAUGGACUCCUGUUGAUGACAAAUGGACCUACAGUUCCUGCUGUGAGAUGAGAGAGUGGGAUUCGCUGUCCUGAAGUCGCUAAGCUUGGACCCUAGUUCCUCUUCAUGAGAGACUAAAGAGAUGGAAGCCUUAAAGUCUGAGAAUAAAAAGAGGGUGCUGCCCACAUGGAUGACAGCCCAGGUGGCUGAAAAGAGGGCGGUGCAGGUGAAGACCCCCAAGAGGAGACCAGCCACGGUGCCAGCAGCUGCAGCCAGAUUUCCUGCCGUGAGGACUGUGUACUGCAUGAAUGAAGCCGAAAUUGUCGACGUUGCUCUGGGGAUCCUCAUUGAGGAGGACCGAAAACAGGAAAAGCCGUUGGAGCCGCCACCUCUGGCAGGCGCUGAUAAGCCAGAGCGCUCCCCGGCCAGCCCAGCGCCGCCGUCCCCAAGUCCCCGCUGGAGCCGAAGCGAGGACAGUGAGGAAGAGGACUGUGGGGCAGACGGCCCUGCCCUGGGGCCCUCGGGUUCUGGCGCGGCCUGCAGCAGAAGCCUCGAGGAAGACCAGGACGAGCUAAAAUACGUCAGGGAGAUCUUUUUCAGCUGAGGGACACACUUCCAGGACCUUCUGCCCAGAGUGGCUGAAGGAGGCUGGGCUUCCUCUCUCAGCCCAAGCGCUGCCCUCAGACUGUGACAGCUUCUGCUCCCAGCGUCAAGCCUCCCUGGGCUGGGUGGAUUCACCGGGGGAGGUGAGGAGUCAGUGAGCUCCCCCCAGAAUUCCUGCUCUAUGCUCUCCCUGCUCAGGGGCCUAGGAGCUCAACACUGUCUUAUUCAGGUACCUGGUUCCAGGGAAAUGAGAUCAUGGGGGUCAAACUUACUGAAACUGGAGAGUCAGCCUAAUAAUUUUCAAGGAAAAACCAGUAUGGCUGCUAAGUACACUGCAGUUCCUAUGGUUUGGCCACCUGAAGGAAGAAGCCUGUUUUUAAAAUCACUUCCGUCACGUGUCAGUUGGUCAGUGAGCCCUUGUUGGUCCAACCCUGAACAAGACACCUUCCCCCAGGGCUGGCCUCCCCACUGAGAACCUGCCUGCCGUUCCAUGUACAGAUUGGGAGGCCUCCCGACCAACCAGACAGCCCUCCUCCCCUCGGCCGCCACCUUCUGCCACCUUUCUAGGCCUCAGCCCCUGGGCAGUUAGAAAGUAAGAGUGGGAUAGGAGCCCAGAAGAGACACAGAGGACAAGACAUCACACCGGAGUCCGUGUUUCUGCCUCUAUUCAGUGUGGCUUUGCACAGGCGUGGGAUGAGGCGAUCACGUGCUGUACAGAUUGUCAGUGUAACAGAUGCUGAAGAAUACACACAGUGCCCCCGUG